UCCGGGCCGCGGCGGCGCUGUGGCCCCGACGGCGGGGCCGGGCGGCGGAAGGCGGCUCCGGUGGCGGCCGGCGCGGGCGCUCGUCGCGGCGGCGGCCGGCGGAGGGCGGGGCGGCGCCUUUGUGUGAGCGAGCGGCGAUGGUGCGGGGCGCCGGGCGGAGCCCCUUGCCCUGCCACUUUCUGGAUGCCAAGCACCUCCUGCGGCUGAUGAGGGCGUGAAGAAGCAGCUGACCAGGACAGGGACCCCCAAGCAGCUGCUAAGAUGGGCAUGAGGAUCAAGCUGCACAGCACCAACCACCCCAACAACCUGCUGAAGGAACUCAACAAGUGCAGGCUCUCCGAGACCAUGUGCGACGUCACCAUCUUGGUGGGCACCCGCUCCUUCGCCGCGCACAAGGCCGUCCUGGCCUGCGCCGCUGGCUACUUCCAGAACCUCUUUCUGAACACGGGGCUGGACGCCGCUCGGACCUACGUCGUGGACUUCAUCACCCCAGCCAACUUCGAGAAGAUCCUCAGCUUCGUGUACACCUCGGAGCUCUUCACAGACCUGAUCAACGUGGGCGUCAUUUACGAGGUGGCGGAGCGGCUGGGCAUGGAGGACCUGCUGCAGGCCUGCCACUCGACCUUCCCCGACUUGGAGAGCUCGGCCAUCCCCAAGCAGCCCUCCCUGGCCAUGGGUGAGGGCCGGUCGGCUCCUCUGAGCAGCGCCUCCUCUGAGCAGAACCAUUCUCUGGGGGAAAUCCGGAGCGGCGGGGAGCAUUUCGGCCCCGAGCGCGGUUACAUCCUGCACGGGGAGGCAGCGGGCAGCUACAAGGAGGACGACAGGAAUAACGCAAGCGAAAGCAGCCAGGCCCUUGCCCUGAUGCAGCAGCAGCAGCCUCCCAAGACGGAGCAGGAACCAGAUGUGGGGCAGUUUGCUCCUGCCGUGAGCAUGGCAGCCCAGCCCAGCCUGGGUGGCGUGAACAUCGUUGUUCAAACCACCACGAGCUCCUGCCAGCAGUAUAAAGUCCAGAGCAACGGUGACUACAGCAAGGGCGGCUUCUUCACCACUGACGCUUCCCUGGACAUCUCCACGGGAAGCAACUCCUGUCCCAGCAACAGCGACCACUCCAAAGAGCAGGGCUUUGUGCAGAUGGAUGAGCUUCAGCUGGAGGAUCUGGGCGAGGAUGAACUGCACUUCGAAGAUGCCAGCGAGGAGCUGGGCCCGUCAGAAGAAGUCAUUGAGCUGAGCGACGACAGCGAGGAAGAGCUGGCCUUUGAGAACGACAGCCGGGAUAGCAAGGCCAUGCCCUGCCAGGUGUGCAAGAAGGUGCUGGAGCCCAACAUCCAGCUGAUCCGCCAGCACGCCAGAGAUCACGUUGACCUGCUGACCGGGAACUGCAAGGUCUGCGAAACCCACUUCCAGGACCGGAACUCCAGGGUCACUCAUGUUUUGUCCCACAUCGGCAUCUUCCUCUUCUCCUGCGACAUGUGUGAGACCAAGUUCUUCACCCAGUGGCAGCUCACCCUGCACCGCAGAGAGGGGGUGUUCGACAACAACGUCAUUGUCCACCCCAGCGACCCGCUGCCGGGGAAGGUCGGCGCGUUUGGCGGAGGAUCCGGCUCGGAGCUGGCAUGCGCCGCCUGCGGGAAGCCUUUGGCCAAAGACUUCCACACCGUCCGCAACCACAUCCUGGACCACGUGAACCUGAAAAGCCAGACGUGCGGCGUAUGCGAUCAGAGGCACCUGAGCCUCUGCAGCCUGAUGUGGCACGCCCUGUCUCACCUGGGGAUCUCGGUCUUCUCCUGCUCCAUCUGCGCCAACAGCUUUGUGGACCGGCACCUCCUGGAGAAGCACCUGGCCGUCCACCAGAACGUGGAGGAGGCCCUUUUCCGCUGCCACUUCUGCGGGCAGAGCUUCAAGCUGGAGGCAGCGUACCGCUACCACGUCAGCCAGCACAAGUGCGGCGGCGGCCUGGACAUCCGACCCAGCUUCGGUGACCGGCUCCAGCCGCAGGGCCUGCAGAAGAGGAAGCUGCCCGAGGAGUUCCUGAGCGAAGACCUGGCACUGCAGAGCCAGCCAGGCAACAGCAAGUACAGCUGCAAGGUCUGCGGGAAGAGGUUUGCCCACACCAGCGAGUUCAACUACCACCGGAGGAUUCAUACCGGAGAGAAGCCCUACCAGUGCAAGGUGUGCCACAAGUUCUUCCGCGGCCGCUCCACCAUCAAGUGCCACCUGCGGACGCACUCAGGGGCCCUCAUGUACCGCUGCACCGUGUGCGGCCACUACAGCUCCACGCUCAACCUCAUGAGCAAGCACAUAGGCGUGCACAAAGGCAGCCUGCCCCCGGACUUCACCAUCGAGCAGACUUUCAUGUACAUUAUCCAUUCCAAAGAUGCGGAGAAAAACGCGGACAGCUGAUGGGGUGAGGCAGGGCAGGGCCAGCAAAGGAGCAAACGCUCGUGACAGAAGCUGUGGAGAAACGUCGCUUAUUUUAUUUAAUGGUCAGGCGUCACGGAUGGAAUCCUCCUUUUCUGUUUUUGUUUUUUUUUUUUUUUAAUUUUUGGCCUUGCAAGGGCUUUUUAGAUUGGCAUUGUACAAAUCAACAGCACGUAAGCUACAUCACUGUUUCUGAGAAGUCCGUUGUGUUUACUUACCUCUGAUCCUGUUAGAGGCCAAUGAGUUUUGUGUUUUUAGCAUUUCUCACUAGGUUUUGAAUCUAGAUUUUUUUUUUAAACCUUUUAGCCCACUUGACUAGGCUAACCCUCAGUUUGAGCUUACCCACAAACUGAUGCUGCUAAGAUAUUUUGACACCUGACCUCAGUAGAGAGGGACAGAGCUAGAGCAGGAUGGUGCUGGACUUGAA